UCAGGAAAAGGCUUUGCAGGAUGUCUGUGCCAGCAUAUAUAAGCACCACAGUGGCGCGCAACCUCCUGUGUUUACAUGUCUCUGUCUCAGCUGAUGUCACUGAGCGCUAUUGGGAAGCAUUUAUUGAAGCGUGACGCUCAAAGUGCAUGUUAACAUUGUGAUUUUAGAAGUCUGAGCCUUCAGGCAAAAAGGGUCAUCUAGUCGGCUUGACUUUUGGCAGAGAUGUACAACAACAGCUACUCCCGGCCCAAAGUUACAUUGGAGAAGAAGGUCAAUUACAAACCCAAGGACAAAAGCUGUGGCUAUUAUUGGCGGAUAGUUUUCUUCUUCUCUUCACUAAUACAGUCGCUCAUCAUAAUCAGCUUGGUGCUGUUCUUGGUGUACGGACAACCUGGUAAGACUCCUGAGGAGAAGAGGGUGGAAGAGCUGGAGAAUGGCUACAACAAGCUGUCCAAAGAAAACACAGAGCUAAGGAAAGACAAAGCGAGUCUCAACAGCUCACUGAAGACAAGGACAACAGAGAAAGAAACGGCUGAGAAAAAGCUGACAAAGCUCACAGCAGAGUUAGAUGCUGCAAAAUCAAAUAACACCAGACUUCACAAUGCACUAGGCCUUUGUAAUGCAAGUAAACCACCACCACCUCGCAUUACUCCAGUCCAUAUCCCUUCAGUCAGCACUUCAAAUGCACAAGUUAAAAGUUUACAGACUUCUUUGGAUCACCAGAAAGCUCUGAACGGAUAUCUGCAGAGCAAUUUCACUCAAACAGUGCAAAGCCUUAGGCUUAACUUGGAACGCAUGACAAAAGAGAAGAGCGUGCAGGAGAUGGCCGCGAUGCAACUAAGGCAACAAAAAGAAGACCUGACCGCCGAACUUCAACUUUUCAGGAAGAAAUGCAAGGAGGAGUUUGUGUCAUCUCUGCAGGGCAUCCAGAAUGUUACCACUGCCUUUCUGGUGAAAAUCGACAAUCUCUUUCCUAAUACUUACACCUUCCUCCUCACAUGUGACAAGCAGAGGGAACAGAUGGAUGCGAUCAAAACCAACUGCACCAGCCUGUCCCAGCAAGUGGAGACCAAAUUCCAAAGCUACUUGAACAAUGUUGGCGAGAAAGUCUCGAACCUCCAGGCCCAGAGCAGCCACCAUGAGGUGCAAAACAAACGACUGACAUUGGAUCUGCAGAAGUGCAGACAGAGCCGCACCGAGGAAACUGAACAGUGCAAGAAGUCGCUGCUGGAAGCCCAGGAGGCACAGGACAGGGUGGUGGAGCCACUGCUGCAGACCCAGAAACUACUGAUGCAUGAAAAGCAAUUGCUGCAGACCAUGUGUGCAUCAAAGCCUCCUAUGCCUAGACCCUCUGGACUUGGUCCUCCAGUGGUCUCUGGACAUCAAAGCAGGCCAGGCAUAGGCUCACCUGGAGCAGGUACAAUAGGCAAAAGAUAACCACCAAAGGUCAGGUGAGCGACAGUGUGCUUCAGUCUUCAAGCCGGUCUCAGAAGAGCUCCAAGUUUGUGGGUUUUAACCUGUGAUCAUUUGUUAAUAAUACUGUGACAGCAAUAACAUAUGCGUUGUACAUAUAACAGAAUGAAUGCUUAUAUGAACUUGUAUUUGUAAUUAUGUAUAAAUGUAUGUUGAACAUUUCUGGCAACAAUGUGACAUCAUUUACAUGGAUGGUAAAAGGAAACGGAGACUCUUAGAUGAAUAACAAUUAUGCUAAAAUCUAUUCAAAGUGGCUACCUUUUAUAAAAAAUCUGUCACUGUGACUGUGAAGUGUGAAAAUUGUCUACAUCAGCCCAAAAACCCUCACUGUGAGUUUUGUAAAAUAAUGUUAAAUAUACUGCAAGCUUUGUUAUUGAAUUAUAACUAAAUGAUACUUGUAUAGGUGCUAGCAAUGUAAAUUUAUCAUACAGGCUUUGUAAAGAUUUGAGUGCAAAUAAAGUUAAAGAGCUUAAUGCAUUUUUCUGAUAUUGAAA